AUGGGGGUAAAGCCUAAGCUUAUUGUGGUUGUUAUCAUGGUGGUGAUGAUCGUGGGAAGCUCUUGUUCGGCUGCGAGGAAAACAAUCCCGGGAGAAAAUAAUCAAGAAACUGAGGAAAUAUCCCGAGAGAUGUCAGGGAAAGAAGAAUAUUCAACUGAGAAAAAUAUAGAGCACCCAAGAAGCAGCGUAGAAAAUCACCAUUACAUCCCAAGACAAGAUUUCAACAACUAUUCACCUGGAGGAGAUAACAAUGGUGGUGGUGGAUAA